CGUAUCAAGACCAAGACGUGAUGGUGGGGGGGAAAGAAUGGCGCUGCCUGUCAUGCCGCUGCAGUGCCUGGUCAGUCUUCCUCUUAUAGUAUGCGGCAUUUAAUGGCACCACUGCUUAUUGAAUAUUUUUUUUCUCCUCUGCCUUUUUUUAUUUUAUUUAUUUUUCCCUUCCUCUCCCAUCUUCCUCUCCCUUUCACUCACCUACUAACUGCAAUAUCCCAAGACACAAACUGUCUAGUCUUUUACUCUGAAUGGCUGAUACUCGCUCUAUGAACUCUCUUGCCUCCGUUGUCUCCUCAAUCCCAGGCACGUUGGCUGGGCUGCAAUCCUCUCGCGAGUCUGCAAACGCAACUCAUCCACCUUAAUUACCCUGUGGGUCAAUGAGCCUGAACCCUUGAGCAAUUGCACAGUAUUGGAUCCAACAUCCAGCGGCGAUUGUUUGGUCGACUACAAUGAAAUACUUCAGGCCUGUCUUUCGAUGCGAGAUUGAGGGGGCGGCGGAGACACAGUGGGUGGCUAGUGGGAAGGAUGUCAAGGUUGAUGCCGCUAUCGUGACGACUCCUGAGGAUGUCUCCGGGUACAGGAUCAAGGCGAGCCCAAGGCUGGUGGACCGCUGGCUCGAUGUGACAGUCCGGGUGGCCGGGUCGGCCCCGGUCUUUCUGUUCAUCAUCGCUGGCCUGUUGACGUGGGCCUUGAUGGGCAUUCGUUUCGGCAACUCGGACGUCUGGGUUGCUGCUAUCUCCGACGUUCAAGCUAUUUUAUGUUAUGUGUUCGAUUCGUUCCUCAUGCGCCAGCUGCUCCGCGAGUACUCCGAGCAGCGCGCGGCCAUAGUCGAAAUUCAGUCCCGGUGCAACAGCAAUCAACGCAUGAUCGCCAGUGUCAAGAAGAGGCUGGGAGCGGAAGGGAUUCGUCGUGUCGCCGAGAAGUGUAAUAAUGAGUCUCUCAAACCGCUAGACCAUGGACUACGCACGCAGGGUCUGUUUGCCCGGUGCAUCAUCGUUUCGGCCAAGACGUUUGGACAUGUUGUCAGCGGCGGUCUCUACUGGGUCUGUAUCUUCAUCUGGCUGGGCUUUGGCCCGCAUUGCAGCUGGUCGAACCGGUGGCAACUCUAUAUCAAUGAUGCGACAUCGGCGCUGAUGGUACUGGUCUUUGCGUUCCUGGCCUGCCUGCGGGAAUGCUAUGCCGACUAUACGAACACCUGCCUGGACGCCAUCUUCAGACUCGAUUCGACCCUCGAGAAGGAGCUUCGUCGCCUCAGCGAGGAUGACCUGCCGAACGAGAUGGAGGUCAUGUUGCCUCCCAAGGAGAACCUCCUGCAGGUGGUGAUCUUUUACUACGCCGACAUCGUCGGCACCCUGGUCGGCAUGAUCUUCCUUGUGCUGGUGAUCAUCACCUGGGCAGCCGUCGGACCUGUCUUUCACUUCAACAGUAACUGGUGGCUGCUCAUCGGCACGUAUGCAGGGCUGGUUGGUCUGUUCGACAGUUUCGUCCUCCGCAACAUCCAAGGCAAGGUGCACCAGUACAUCAACCGCCAGAUUCGUAUUGUGGAGAAGGGAGACUUGGGCCUCUUCGCAGGACUGUCAAUGGCCAUCCCUUCAACUAGCAGCACCAAGCGCCCGUCUCUGAGCCAGCGCGUCUCCCGCUGGAUGGAUGCCGUCAGCUCCCAUCUCUUCAUGGUUAUUGCUGGCUUCUUCCUCACCAUUGGUUGCCUUGUCGCUUCAAGCGCGAUGAAGUGGAGUCUCACUGGACAGUUGAUUUCAAACGUGCCUCCCAGCAUCGUCGAGACAUUCUUUAUGCUCAUUCUCAUCACUGGCCAGAAUGACGCAGAGGCAAGCGCCCAUAUCGACUUCGCCAACAUUUACUACCGGCGCCAGCGACUGCUGUCUUUCAUGCAGCAUGCAAAGGAGCUCUGUGAAGAGCAGGAGCUUUCCAAGGAUGCUGUGGUACCUGCGGUACCUGCACAGUGAAAUCCCCGUAGCUGCAGGUAAAGGCCCGUUCGCUUUUUAUGACCGCCUGUUUGAUUCAACAUGAAACAUGGCCAAGGUUGUGUGACUACAACAUCGUUCAACCGACAUGUUACACUAUGAUUGGGUGAUUAUGUUUCUUCGAUACUUUAAUCUGAUUAAUUGUUUUGUCGCUCAUUGUUCCGCGCAGCUCGUUGUUGGAUUACAUUAAAUAGCUUGACGUCAUGUCUUCAUGUUUACUGAAAACGGACUUGUUAGUGAUGAAUGAAACUGGAGAAUAACGUGUCA